UAACGUUUGCUUGUUGGAGAAAGGCUUUCCCUGUUUUCCAAGACAGUAUUGCUACGCCUAGCACGCUCUGGCUGUGCCCAACACCCACACACCUGGAGCAACGCAUGUCAGAUACAGUAAAACCCAGCAAGCUGUCACUGUCAAUAUUCGAAUCUACACUCUGCUCAAUAUCUAUCUACUAAUCGGAGUCGCCUCCGACUUUCUGCGUCCAAACAAUAACAACAACAAAAGGCAAACAAAAACAAUAACAAAAACAAAAUAAACUUGCGAAAAGUGUCGAUUACGGAUCAAUAAACAAUUAUCACGGGAAAGCAACGAGAUGGUGCAAAAGUUUCAGUCGCCCGUUCGGGUCUACAAAUAUCCAUUCGAGUUGGUGAUGAAGGCCUAUGAACGCCGCUUCCCCACUUGUCCCCAAAUGCCCAUUGUGCUCGACUGCCAGAUCAUUAAGGAUGAGACACUGGAGAAUGGGGCCAAGAGGAACACGAGUCGGCGGUGCAAGUUGGCAGUGGAGGCGCCGUACAUCUUCAAGAAGCUGAUCGGCGUGGACCAUGUGUUCUUCGUCCAACACAACUACCUGGACAUGAACAGCCGAACGUUGUGCAUAGAGGCCGUGAACGAGAGCUUCUCGUCCCGCAUCGAGAUCUUUGAACGAUGCCGAUACUAUGCUCAUCCGGACAACGCGGAGUGGACAUGCUUCGACCAGACAGCCACGCUGGACAUCAAGAACUUCUUCGGCUUCGAGCACUCCAUGGAGAAAAUGGGCAUGAAGCAGUACACCCAGACCACGCUCAAGGGCAAGGAAAUCAUCGAGUUCUUCAUAAGCCAGCUGCGCGAAGAAGGAAUUACACACGUGGAUCGUUGGACCCCUCCGCCCGAUGCUCCCAAGUCACCGAUACUGGAACCAUCGGCCGAACAGCAUCACGAUAUUCUGCUGGACGGCGACUUUAUUGCCCGGAGUCUGGGUCAACUGUCGCCCAUGCAGGAGUCCAAGCUGCUGGAGCUGCGAAAAAUGCUGGAUGGUGUCGAUGACCUGGAGCGUGUGCCCAGUUAUCAGACCAUUCUGCGUUUCUUGGCAGCUAGAGACUGGCACGUGAGCCAGGCCUUUUCUAUGCUGUGUGACUCGCUUCGCUGGCGACGCGAACAUCGCAUCGAUUCCCUGCUGGCGGAGUACUCAAAGCCGGCCGUGGUGGUGGAGCACUUUCCGGGCGGCUGGCAUCACCAGGACAAGGACGGCCGCCCAGUCUAUAUACUUCGGCUGGGUCAUAUGGAUGUCAAGGGGCUUCUGAAGUCGCUGGGUAUGGAGGGUCUGCUGCGAUUGGCUCUCCAUAUCUGCGAGGAGGGCAUUCAGAAGAUUAACGAGUCUGCCGAACGGCUGGAGAAACCCAUACUUAACUGGUCUCUGCUGGUGGAUCUGGAAGGGCUUUCCAUGCGGCACCUUUGGCGACCUGGCAUCAAGGCCCUGCUCUAUAUCAUUGAGACGGUUGAGCGUAAUUAUCCAGAGACCAUGGGCCGUGUUCUGGUGGUGCGAGCGCCCAGAGUGUUCCCCAUUGCCUGGACAAUUGUUAGCGCCUUUAUAGAUGAGCAUACGCGUUCCAAGUUUCUGUUCUACGGCCCGGACUGUGCUCACAUGAAAGAAGGUCUCUCCCAGUACCUAGAUGAGGAAAUAAUACCCGACUUUUUGGGCGGACCCUGUAAGACUAUGAUACACGAAGGCGGACUGGUACCGAAAACCCUCUACAAGAUGAGCUCCCUGGAAGACCACGAAGACGAACCGAACGGCGAUGGACCCGCCCAAUCCUCGGAUGAAGCAUCUAUGCCAUUGAAGCGCCUCUCAGCCGUUCAUCAGCACGAACACCGAAACCUGUACAAGACCAUAGAGCUGAAGGCGGGCUUCACCCACGAGCUGCUCAUAAGGAACGACGAUCCCAAGAGUGUCCUCACUUGGGAUUUCGAUGUGAUGCGGAACGACUUGCACUUUACCCUUUACCGGGUCACCCAAGAACUACCAGAAAAGAGUGAUUCCGCCGUGUCCUACUUUGAUCUGACGGAGUUUGUCGAGGGCGUGAACUACUUCCGAGAGGAGCCGACCCUCAUCUGCCGGCACAAGGAGAGUGUGCAGGGUUCUCACGUGAUGCACCACAACGACAGCUACUUGAUGCAUUGGUUCAGCCCCUCGGGAGCGCAGCUGAACUUCUUCUACGAGGUCCUCAGCUCCGUCAACUACAGAGGUUCGAUGACCAGCCUGCAGUCGGCCUUUUCCUCAAACUCAUCGGCGGCCAGCUCGGUGCACAGUUGAUUAUAUGAAACCAAACAGGAGGGCGCUACCUGCACCAACAGGGACUCCUGGACGACAAAGGAACCGAUAGAGGCAAUGGAAUCGAGCCUGCUGACCGGCACGCUUAUGGAGAAGAGUCUCAACCUGUUUGACACUCCGGAUAUAUUCUUCUAAGAUCGAAAGUGGCAAUAUCGCUUAACUUAGUUGAUUUAGAUUUAUUUAGUAUUAAAAUAGUUUGGUUUUAACUUUUAUUAGCACAAGAAUAUUAUUUAGCAAUACAUUAUAUGUAUGACGUACACGUAUGAAACUUGAGCAAAGUUGAGAGCAGUAAUCGGUUGUAUCUAAUAGACAAAUCACGCAAUUUUUACAUUUAUUUGGAGCCGUCAAUUAGUCCAUUUUAGCAAGUAUAUAUAUCAACAGAGCUUAUAAACAUAUGACGUAAUGUUUUUAUAGCGUAACAAUGCUUCUGCUCUUGUAGUGAAAAGAAAUUGUAACGAAAAACGAUCGAUAUACGAGUAUUUAGUAAUGACUACGUGUUACCUAAUUAGUUUAAUUAUUGACAAACAACAAAAUAUACAUUUUAAAUGACUUUGAAACUAUCCUAAUACUAUAGCGAUCAAAUUUUAUUUAGUUAGAUACUUGAUGCAUGUAAGUCGUAGAACUAAGAAAGCAUCGAUGUGUGUUGUGAUCACAUUCUCCAGAGAAAAAUAUUAAAAUUUUAAAAAAUAAAAAGAUUAUCAUGUUUAGAGAUUUAUUUUUAAGAUGUGUGGUUGUUAUCCUAUUAGCGGUGUAUGUUUUAAAUUAAAUCUCACAACACCAUCGAUGUUUUCUAAUACAUACAGUAAUGUGAAAAUUGUUUUAAGUUCAUAUCUAUACGUAAAAUUAAUAAAAUGGACAUUUCCAGGGAGAAGUCUACCAAAAUAAAGAGUAAAAUUUAACAAAA